GGUGAUGUUGUGACACCUUCAAAAUAGUCGUGUUCUUCAUGUUACAAAAAUAUCUUCUCUUCGUGAUCAUGUGAUUGACUACCAGUACUGGUGCGGCACCAGUAAUCAAUAGCAGCAAACUAAAAAAAGUACUUCAUAACGCGCACUAAAGAUGAAAAGUCAUUUUCAAUCCGAAAACGAUCAACCAUGGAAACAUCAACACUUAUCUCGCGUCGUCUCAAAACCUACAAGCAUUGUCGGCCAAAAACAUUUUCUACAUCAUUCCCACAAUCCCAAGAAAAUCGAAUUCGCUCUCGUUUGCUGAAUCGCCUGGGUAUUCUCCAUCAUCAGAAAGAUUCGCCAAGCAAUGAAAUGCCGCGUGUAACAAGGCACGAACUUCACUCAAUUCAGACCAAAAACCAAUCCGUCCCUUUUUUUCAACCUCUCCGUGAUAGUGACGAACACUGCUACCUCCUACCAACAACAAUAUAUCCGACAACAUUUACCACUAGCAAACAUGGCACAAUUCGUGCCAAUAUUUCGAUGAAAAGAACGAAAACAAGUAGGGUACGAUUCGAUAACAAAGUGUUGGUGGUUCCUAUUCCUUCGAGACACGCCUACUCCAAUCGGAUCAAGAAGGCCUUUUGGAGGGAUGGAAAUGAACUAGAAGAUAUUGCCGAUAGGAAUCAUUACGAAUAUGCAUCCGAAGGUUCGGAUUGGAGUAAGGUCUUAGAAGACGAAGAUAUGUACAUCGAUGUCGACACUGGAGAAAAAGUUCAUCCUUGUUAGGUGGAACAAAAAGAGGACGAGGAAUAAGAUGCCAAUAACGAUGAAGAUGAAAUGAACACUUCCCAUCUUGAGCUAACCAAAUUCCUUUUAUCCAUGGAUAAAAUAGGACUCGUGAGAGGUCUUAUUUGAACGCAAUGUGUAUCCGUUCAACGAAGACUUUGUAGUUUAAAGAAUAUGUAACACGCCACAAUAUAAGUGUAAAUUUACA